AUGGUGCGCUUGCAAUGGGUGGCGGCAGCAGCAGUUGUGGCAAGGUGCAAGUCUUGCGAACUGCGUCCCACCGCCGUGUGGUGGUGGAAAACAGCUGCAGCCGCCUGGUCUUCAAGGAGUAAAUCCAUGUUGAUUUGUUGCAGUUGUAGCCGGGGGUUACAACACCAGGUUCAUUGGGCUUAUAAGACGCGAAAAAACCCAUUAAUGGGAAGCCUGUUCUCAACUAAUCAGUGGUUUUGA